UUUUGCAUGUAGUAUGAAAUUCGCCUUUAGGUUUAUAUCUAUGCCAAUAAGGUCCAUACCCUGCUGCCAUUCUGUCAGCAUUGCUCUUACUAGCUACAUUGCUUUGUGUGAACUUCUGUUUGCAACACAAAGUAGUACCAUCAUACCAGGAACUGCUGCUCUAAUAUCAUGCAACCUAAACCACAAGCUGUUUCCAUCCAUUCAGAAACGGGCCAAACAUACCAACAAAUUACCCGUUGUCACAGCAACGGGAGCCACACCUCAUUUGUGGACAAAGCAAAGCAAGCACAAGGUGCGUGUGAUUGUGUGCGUGAAUGUUGUUGAGGAGUUCUGCUCGUUUAUUGAGACGAAAAUGUCUUCAGCUGCAGUCCUACCUGGUCACUCCUCAGGGAGACUGGGGAGACUAAUGCAGAGUCCUUUCUCCAGGACAGAGUUGUACAAUGCAACCACGGGGGACUCUUUUAUGAGCCACGGGAGAAAAAGCAAGAAGAAAAAGACUAGCUCAAAAUCAAAGACAAAACUACGAAAAGUCUCGACUAAAAGCUCCUCCCCCUCCUCUUCCUCAAAGAAAACUAAACACACUUCAACAACCCACACACCGUAUCUACGAUCAUAUCCUGCCGCUUCAACUCUAGUGGGUGUGGAUUCUGGUUCCCCUAUAACUAAGAGACACAACUACUCCUCCUCUGCCUCUUUUCUGAGACCACACCCACAAGCAACACUGAAAAGCCACUCUCAUACGGAAUACGGGAGUCCCUCUAAAGUCCUUCUCAGUCUCAACCCGCCCCAGCCUCGUUCAGCAAUCAGCAUUCGUCUAUCCCCGAGCGUGGGAACAAGGUUUUUGAGUUACGGUAGGAAUCAAGGACCUGCCGGCAGUGAGUUCACCAUCGAGAGACUGGCUCAUGACCUCGCUAAAAUGAAAUUUAAAAAGAUAAUUGUAAUGACAGGAGCUGGCAUUAGCACCAGCAGUGGAAUACCAGAUUUUAGGACACCUGGUACUGGGCUUUACGACAACCUCAAGCAGUAUAGGAUACCAGAGCCGACGGCCAUUUUUGACAUCACGUACUUCUCUCGAAAUCCAAAGCCUUUCUUUACUCUAGCACAGGAGCUGUAUCCAGGGAAAUACUCGCCUAAUUCAGUCCAUUACUUCAUCAAGUUAUUGCAAGAGAAAGGUUUCUUGCUCAGAAAUUAUACUCAAAACAUUGACGGGCUUGAGAGAUUGGCUGGUAUUAAAUCAAGUAAGCUAGUUGAGGCUCAUGGCUCCUUCUCAACUGCUUCCUGUACACUGUGUCAUGCUAAACACAACUCUGAUGAUGUCAAGGCUGCAAUAAUGAGCUCUACUAUACCCAAGUGUAAACACAAGUUCUGUUCAGGUGUCGUGAAACCUGAUGUUGUGUUCUUUGGUGAAGAUCUUCCUCAACGGUUCCACGCUCUUCGUUGUGUUGACUUUGCGCACUGUGACCUACUGAUAGUAAUGGGAACAUCACUAGAGGUCGAGCCUUUUGCCAGUUUAGCUACAUCAACCCGUUUUGAUACUCCUCGUGUACUUAUCAACCGAGAGCUAGUAGGACCUUUUAAGCACCAAAGAAAAAGACCCAUGGACCUCUCCCUAACCGGAGACCUCACGGAUCAGAUUAGUGAACUAGUAAGACUGGCUGGCUGGGAACAAGACCUCAGCGAACUGAUGAGUAACGGGAGAGAGAGAACCAAAGAAGCUUCAGACAUUCCUAGCAAUAAAAGUGAUGAAUCUUGUGUACAAAGUAUUACAAGUACUGAUUGUGAUCAGGGAACAUCAGAAGGGGCUGAGGUUACGCCCAGUUCCAGUGGUAUCGAGGAGGAACUAUCACAAGAGUUUAGUAAGAUAAAGAUAGACAAGGAACGAGAAAAUACUUAGAAAGGAAAUGGCUAGUGGGUGAGCCAGUUCUCUUGUCUUUUUUGCAGUUGAUUUUUACAACUUUGCUUUUUGUAAUAUUAAAUUUAUUAUGUCUCUUUUCUAUUUAUUGUUUUUGUACUCAGUCCUUUGUUAAAAAAUCAAUUUUUCUAAUGUAAGAUUCCGUAUCUUUUCAAAU